AUGCUGCUUACACACAAACUGGUUUUAUUUAUGCUUUUAAAUGUGAGAGGGGGGAAAUCCGUGUGUCGAACGUAUGGAACUGAACAGUUGUCUCAGUUUUCCAAGGAGGGAGAUGUCAUCAUCGGAGGAAUUUUCCCUUUCCACCAAUAUCCAGUCAUGCUUAAUCAAACCUUCAGAGUCAAGCCGGGAGCAAUCCAGUGUGACGGGUAAGAGAAAAUAAAAAAAAAUGGAUGGGCUCUGUGUUUUUAAAAUGUCUUGGUAGUAUUUCCCUUUAUUUGUGUAUUUAACAGUUUUUAUUAAAACGGUGUAUACAAUUUUACGUUAAUUUCACAGACUGGAAAUAUGUGAGCUUCAGUAUGCCUACACAGUGAUGUUUGUGAUAGAGGAAAUCAACAACAGUUCAACGCUGCUUCCAAAUGUGACACUUGGUUACAGGAUCUUUGAUUCCUGUCCCAACAGCCCUCUUUCCAUUAAAGCAUCAUUAAAUUUGAUGAACAAGUAUGAGAGCACAGAAGGGUUUUGUGACAAACUCUCCAGUGUUCAUGCUGUCAUUGGGGAAACAACUUCCACCUCAACGAUAGGCAUUGCACAAACACUGGGAUGCUUCCAUAUCCCUGUGAUCAGUCAUUCAGCCACGUGUGCAUGCCUCAGCAACAGACGAGAGUACCCUUCCUUCUUCAGAACCAUAACUAGUGACGUAUAUCAAAGCACAGCACUAGCAAAGCUUGCGAAACAUUUUGGCUGGACCUGGGUGGGAGCUGUCAGGUCUAACAGUAAAUAUGGAAAUGAUGGAAUAGCUGCUUUCCUGGAAGCAGCAAAUAAGGAGGGUGUGUGUGUUGAAUAUUCAGUGGCUGUUGACCGAACCUUUUCCAGAAAGUACUAUCUAGAAGUGGUUGAAAUGAUAAAAAAAUCCACUUCUAAGGUAAUAGUUGCAUUUGCUGACGGCCCAGACCUUGACAUACUCGUCAAAGAGCUUCAUGCUCAGAACGUUACGGGCCUGCAGUGGGUAGGAAGUGAGGGGUGGAUAACAUAUCGUUACUUUGCCUCUGAAAUAAACUAUGCUGUUGUUCAGGGGGCUGUGGGCUUUGCAGCAACAAACAUCCAUGUCCCUGGCCUGCAGGAGUUUCUGUUUAAUAGUAAGCCCUCCACCACACCAGGUAAUGCAGGACUUGUGAAGUUUUGGGAGACUCUAUUUCAAUGCACUUUGACUCCCCAAACAAACACGAAUGUGCAAGAUCCCGUUGAAGCCUGCAGUGGGAAAGAGACCCUGUGGGAUGCAAAAACACCAUUAACCGAUGUGUCAGAUGCCGACUUUAUGAAUAAUGUUUACAAGGCCACAUAUGCUGUGGCUCACGCUCUGGAGAUGCUGUUUAAUUGUGAAGAUGGACGGGGGCCUUUUGAGAACAGUACAUGUGCUGAUAAAGAGAAUAUACAGCCAUGGCAGGUGCUCCAUUACCUAACACAAGUAAAUUUCACCACAAAGACUGGUGAAAGGGUGUUUUUCGAUGAGUCUGGUGACCCUGUGGCACAUUAUGCACUUAAAAACUGGCAGAAAGAUCAAUCAGGGCAUGUGCAGUUCGAAACAAUCGGUUACUAUGAUGCUUCUCAACCAGAAGGUCACCAGUUUAGGAUGAAUGAAGAGUUACAAGCCAUUUGGGCAGGUGGGAAUCUUCAGGUGCCAAGAUCUGUUUGCAGUGAGAGCUGUUUACCAGGGACUCGCCGGGCUUUCAUUAAGGGAAAACCUAUCUGCUGCUUUGAUUGCAUUACCUGUGCUGAUGGGGAGUUCAGCAACAGCACAAAUGCAGUCAAAUGUGACACAUGUCCUCCUGAUUUCAAAUCCAAUUUGGAGAGGACUGAUUGUGAAAUGAAAGCUAUUGAGUUCCUCACCUUCACAGAAUUCAUGGGAAUGCUGUUUGUGAGCCUCUCUGUCUUUGGUGCUUGCUUGGCGGCGGCCGUGGCCUUGAUAUUUUUCCUCUUCAGACAAACUCCGAUAGUCAGAGCAAACAACUCAGAACUGAGUUUCCUGCUGCUGUUCUCCCUGAGUCUCUGUUUUCUCUGCUCCCUGACCUUCAUCGGUCGACCUUCUGAGUGGUCCUGCAAGCUGCGACACACAGCUUUUGGCAUCAUCUUCGUCCUCUGCAUGUCCUGUGUUCUGGGGAAGACAACAGUGGUUUUGAUGGCCUUCAGGGCUACAUUACCUGGCAGUAAUGUGAUGAAGUGGUUUGGACCUACACAGCAGAGACUCAGUGUUGUAGCUUUCACGCUUGUGCAGUUUUUAAUUUGCACACUUUGGCUAACAGUCAGCCCUCCAUUUCCAUACAAAAAUUCUAAAUAUUACACAGAAAAGAUUAUUCUAGAAUGUGCUCUGGGAUCAGCUGCAGGGUUCUGGGCUGCGCUGGGAUACAUCGGGGUUUUAGCUCUGUUGUGUUUUGGACUUGCGUUUUUAGCACGAAAGCUCCCGGACAACUUUAACGAGGCGAAGUUUAUCACUUUCAGCAUGUUGAUAUUCUGUGCCGUGUGGAUCACCUUCAUCCCAGCUUACGUCAGCUCUCCUGGAAAAUUCAGUGUGGCUGUGGAGAUUUUUGCUAUUCUGGCUUCCAGUUAUGGACUGCUGUGUUGCAUAUUUUUUCCCAAGUGCUACAUCAUCUUAGUAAAACCUGAGAAAAAUACAAAAAAAUUCAUGAUGAAUAAAGGGAGCUAG